AAAAAAAAAAAAAAGUACAUCUCAUUUCCUCUUCUCUUCGUUGAAGGCGAUACUAGGGUUUCGUUCUUGGAAACUUUACUAUCGGAACUGAUCGACGCAUAAAAAUAGGGACUUAUUUUGCCUAUUCUGCAUCUAGGGUUUCAGCGAAGGCUCUUUUCCAAUGUCUGUGGCGGCGGGAGUCAGCGACGCGGCGAUCGCGGUGCGCGACAAGCUGCGGGGGAAGAUCGGGCAGACGAAAGUGAAGCGGUACUGGCCGGGAAAGGCGCCGGAGUGGGCCGACGAUGCCGAGGAGGAGGCCGACAUCCGGACCGCGCGGGCCGCCGCCCUCCAGAAGGCGUUCCCUUCCCACGACGACGGCGAGGGCGCCGCCGCCGACCUCCCGCCGAAGGACGACCGCCGCCUGCGCCGCCUCGCGGAAACCCGCGCCGAGAACAGAGAGGAAUUGCGAGCCGAUCACCGCCGCAUCCGCCAGGCCGAGAUCGUCUCCGCCGCCGCCGAAGAGGAGGAGAGCAGCAAGCUGGAGGGCUUGGAAUUGGAGGAGGAGGACGACGAGGAGGCGGUCGAGGAGCGGCGGCGAAGGAUUCGGGAGAAGCUGCUCCGGCGAGAGCAGGAGGAGGCCGCCGCCGCACUAUUGCCCGAGGAGGAGGAGGAGGACGAGGCCGCAGAGGAGGAGGAGGAGGAGGAGGAGGAGGAAUCGGAGUACGAGACCGACUCGGAGGAAGAGCAAUUGGGCCCGGCGUUGGUCAAGCCGGUGUUCGUCCCGAGAUCGCAGCGCGACACCAUCGCGGAGCGGGAGAGGGUCGAGGAGGAGGAGCGGCGGUUCGAGGAGCGCGUGAAGAGGCGGCUGGAGGAGAGGAAGGUCGAGACGAAGCAGAUCGUGGUGGAGGAGAUCAGGAAGGAUGAGGAGAUCCGGAAGAAUUUGGAGGCGGAGGCGAAUAUCGCGGACGUCGACACCGACGACGAGUUGAACGAGGCCGACGAGUACGAGGCGUGGAAGGGUAGGGAGAUUGCGAGGAUUAAGAGGGAGAGGGAGGAUCGGGAGGCGCGUCUGAAGGAGAAGGAGGAGAUCGAGAGGGUGCGGAAUAUGACGGAGGAGGAGAGGAGGGAGUGGGAGAGGAAGAACCCGAAGCCGCUCUCUCAGUCCAAGCAGAAGUGGAGGUUUAUGCAGAAGUACUAUCACAAGGGCGCGUUCUUCCAGUCCGAGUCCGACGACCGGGCUGCGACAGCCGGCACAGACGAGAUCUUCAGGCGCGAUUUCUCCGCGCCCACCGGGGAAGAUAAAAUGGAUAAGACUAUUUUGCCCAAGGUCAUGCAAGUCAAGCACUUUGGGCGCAGCGGAAGGACCAAGUGGACGCAUCUCGUUAACGAGGACACCACUGAUUGGAACACGCCGUGGACAACAAAUGGUCCUCUACGAGCAAAGUACAACGCGAAAAUGGCGGGCUUGAAUGCACCAAUUGCGAGACCAAAAGGAAGCAAGAAAAUGAAGGAUUGGGAUGUGAAAUAAUUUGGUUCGGAAGUUUUCCUUUCGAUGACCAGUUAAUUCUCACUGUCUGCUGCUUCAUGAAUAUCUAUUUUUGUAGGUGCUUCUUCAGAAUGCGGAGUUUUAUUUGAAGAUCUUCAAUGUUAUGUGCCUACUUCAUGUUCCUGUAUGUGAGUACAUUAGUAUGUAACUAGAAUCUUCAUUUGAUGAUGUGGACCUGUCGCCUCAGUUAAAAUCCUUCGGAGCAAUCAAAGUGUAGAGAAAUCACAUGACGAAUAUAUCCACUUAAUGAGUUCGCUAGUUUCAUGGUGUGAUAUGCUAGAGAUGUGCGCAUCUCAUUUAUACAACUAUCCUUUUUGAACGUGUGGUAAAUUUACAUAAUUGUGGAUCCGUGUAACCCGCGUCGUCUGUGGUGCCAACUUUUUUGAAUGUUAACCAUGUUAUACACAGUUUUUUCUGCUAA